AUGCACUUUACACUUUAAGCAGCAAACCAAGAAAAGUCUAUUGACAUUGAUAGCAAGGACCGUUCUUCGGGAUGGUUGCAACUGGCGGCUUAAACAAUAAAAACUCUGCAUGUAUCUCCAAACUGAUUCAGCAACGUUUUCAACAUGCAGCUAUAACUGACUUUGACUACUGGGAUUAUGUAGUGCCUGAACCCAACUUUAAUGAGAUGGUGUUUGAGGAACGGACAUGUCAGAGUUUAGUUCGAAUGCUGGAGAGCUGCCUGUCUAAAUCAAAGCAGACAAGACUACAUUGUUCAAGAGUUCUAGUCCCUGAGAAACUCACCAGGAGGAUAGCCCAAGACAUCUUGCGUCUCGCUUCCACCGAGCCUUGUGGUUUAAGGGGCUGCGUCAUUCAUGUCAACUUGGAAACUGGAAAUGUAUGUAAAAAGGUGGAUAAGAUUGUCUAUGACCCUACUGUUGUUCCUACUUUCGAACUGACACUGGUGUUCAAGCAAGACAGUUGUUCAUGGCCCAGUUUCAGGGAUUUCUUCCCCAGAGCUUGCUUUGCUUCUGGCAGUAAAUGUACCCUGAUCCUGAGUCCUGGGUUUAGGCUAAUUAAGAAAAAAUUAUACUCCUUGAUUGGGACAGUUGUUGAAGAAUGCUAAAAGGUUUAUUUUUAAAACAAACAAAGAAAUAAACCCAGUUUUAAUAACUGAGCCUAAAGCCCUUAGAAAUAUGACUUUGAUUUUUUUAAGAUGCCACUGAUUAUUUGCACAAUAUCCAUCCAUCUCCCUAGUCCAGCAAAAUCUCAGUGCUGCUAGCUGGUACUAGGCAGAAUAAGGAGGAGCACAGCUACUGAUACUUGAAACAUUCCUUGAUUAGCAUCAGCUUGAAAAGUCAGUUAAAUGCCUAACGGCUGCUCAUUUCUUUCAUUUUUUUUCUUUAAAGCAAAUUUCUCUACAUUUGGCUACUCUUAAACUUCUUUAUGAAGAACUAGGGGAGGAUCACCCUAAGUGUUCAAGGAACAAACAGUUGACAAAGUAUCCCUUUGACUGUAUUUGCAAAGUUAUGAGAAGGAUGCUUCCAGAAGUUGCUUGUAGCAUCAAAUACAGAGGGAAAGGAUUGGAAAGGGAUACUAGCUAAUGUAAGAGUUUGAAGCUACUAUUGCUUUAUUAUCAGAGCUAAUACUGCUAGACUUCUAAAUUGGCAACAAUUGGCAUAUUCAGCCUUUCCAAACUUUGGUGCUCUCCAAAUGUGUUGGACUGCAACUCGUCAUAAUCCAUUGGCCAUGCUGUCUGAGAUUUGGCCAUGCUGUCUGGGAAUUAUGGGAGUUGCAGUCCAACACAUCUGAUGGACACUGGAUUAGGGAAGUCUGGCAUAGGUCUUGGGUGGAAUGCGGGUGCCUUACACACUUCUCAGAUUGCCUUCCAGAUGAAAGAUUUGCCAUAGACUGGUUUGCCCAACAUGUCGUGAACAUAGGCCUCUUUAGAGUCUGGAAAUGAAUUGAAGUCUAUAAAAUGCUUAAAGUGGUUUGGGGCACUCAGUGUUGAGUUAUUUGUGUUCUGUUUAGUAGAACAAAUACUGGUGGUACUCCUAGAAAUACUUGACCUGCCUGAAAUCCACUUUGGAAAUCAAGGAUCUUGCUCUAUUAUGGGCUUGCUUCCCAUCCUGGCCAAAGGAACAAUUAAUACAAUUGCUUCUCUUGGACUUCUUUUCAAUGCUGGUGGUCUCUAAAAUGAUUGUAGGUGAAAUGAUUGUCUGAAAUUUGCAUAUCCAGUUCAUUUGAUGCAGUCCUGCAAAUGGUGCUGGAGACACUGGAUAUUCAGAAAGCUGCUUCGCCACAGGCUCAGAGAAACACUUUGUGGGUGCGGAGUGGGAGGGAUUAAAAUCUGGUCAUGAAAAGGGAACCAAUGAAAUCCUCACUGUUCCAUUCCCUCUUAGUGUUCCUUGAUUGAGCAAUGGAAAACCUUCACAGAUUUGAACAUCCAAAUCUUUGCUGGCUUUUCCUCCAGCCACCCAUCCGGCUUUUCCUCCAGCCACACUGCAAACAUAGGUCGAUAGGCAUGCAAAAUUUUCCAUAAUGCAAGAAGCACAGCCUGUGUGGUUCUUGGUACCAUCUUACCCCCAGUUUUUUUUUAAGGGGCACUUUCACAUGCUCCCCAUUUCAGCAUGAUUGGGAGAAAGUUCCUUAUUAAUACACCCUACAGAAGGCUUCUUUCCCUUCAGUCAUGAAGAUGGAGGUCCCCUUUUCAGCUUAGUCACUCCAAAUUUUCAUCUGCUUCUCUUACCUUGAUUUCAGUCCUUCUAUUUAGUUGGCAUCUGUUGCCAUUUUAGAACAGUUUUAGGGACAGGCCAAACCCCUAGCAAGUGGACAAGAGUAGCCAGUGUCCAAACAAGAUGUUAUGUUGAAUGUCUUUUUAAAUGCCUCUUGGAUCUAGAGUCCUAUACUUCACCAGACUAAGAUCCAAGCUCCACAUGCUGUUAGGUUCAGAUGUGUAAUGAUAACAAAGAUCUCUUCUGAAAGAACAGAAGUUACAAUAAGUGUCCUUUCUCCAGAAGAGCAUCUCUUAGGGGACCAGAUCCUAAACCAUACAUAAUAUUAGUGGAGAAAUGAGGACCCAGAGAAGAGGCUGUUGCAAUGAGAACUCUGUUGUCUAAUGCCACAGGCUUUGCGUUUUAUCCACAUGUAUCUUGCCCUGUAUCCCCCCACCAAAAAAAAGGGUGGUGGGAGUGGGACUCCUUGAAGUUUCUGCAGGUGACACUCCUGAUUUCCUUCUGAUGUCUUUAUUGGGGAUAAACUGAUACAUACAUGGAAGAUGCUUCAGACCUAUUGAUCUUAUUGCAACUACUUGGGUUACUCUGGUAUAAUGUAUACGAGACAAGAAAAAUAGCAGAGUGCAGCCCAAAACAAAUGAAUGCAGGAGAUCACAUAGAGAUGUAUGUCUAUGUUACCUAUUACAUUGCAGAAGACUAAAUUAUAUGGCUGACGUUAGAAUACAAAUUCUCAAACUUCUGUAUGCCCAGCCACUGAACCUCUGUCUUGUUGUUAUAGGACCAUUGUAAACUGGUGCACUUAUUGGGUUAUAUCCAAUGUUAGUCCUAUGCAAAGUAGAUCCAUUUAAACAAAUGGGACUCAAGUGUGACUGACAUUGGAUACAACCUAAUGCUUUUAAACUUUUGAUCUGAUCGCCUUUGUAUGGGUGUGUGGGUUUGUUUGGAUUUGCACUAAUUAGACUUCUUUACUGUUUUGAAGUUCUGAAAUGUUGUUUCUUGUGUUACCUUGUUGCUAUUUUGGCAUUGAUCUUAAAUGUGAUUCCUAUGUAAGCCUGUCUAUAAAUAAAGAUAUAUUUUUAAUUCUCAAA